AUGAGAAAAAAUGCCCUGUUUCGCACCUACAUAGUUGCAAUGUUUCGCAGAGCUCUGUUUCUCUUCCUCCUCUUUCAGUUCUGCACUUCCAGGGACACCAUAAGAGGGAACGAAGAGCAACUGAAGGAUGUUGAUGGAGACUAUCUACUUUCCAGAGAAAGCAAGUUUGAGUUGGGGUUCUUCAGCCCUGGAAAUUCUAGCUACCGGUAUGUUGGAAUCUGGUAUUCUCAGACUAGAGCAACUGAAAAAACAGUGGUGUGGGUUGCAAACAGGAACAAUCCCAUCAAUGAUACGUCUGGUGUGCUCACAAUCAACAGGUAUGGAGAACUGGUCCUCUAUGCUUACAAUUUGGAAAAUGAUCCUAUAUGGUUCACCAAUACGUCGCAGUCGGUCAAGAAUGUUAACACUAGCACUUUAUCAGCACAGCUUUUGGAUACAGGAAAUUUUGUUGUGUUCCAGGAUGAUAAUAAUGAUAUAUUUAUAUGGCAGAGUUUUGAUCAUCCUACAGAUACUCUACUUCCAGGUAUGAAACUUGGGGUGAAUUGGAAAACUGGGCUAGAAUGGGUUUUAACAUCUUGGAAGUCACAAGAUGACCCUGGAACUGGGGACUCUACCUUUAGGCUCUAUCCAAGCCAGAUUGGAUUCCCCCAAUUUUUUAUGUAUAAGGGUUUGAGUAAGUAUUGGCGAGCUGAUCCUGGGCCAACGCCUAAUGUGGUCAAUAAUCAAGAGGAAACUUAUAAUUUCUUGAAUGCCGAUGCAAUUACAAGAACAAUAGUUACUGAUUCUGCGGUGAAGCGCCUUACUUGGGAUGAUGGCAACCUUCAAUGGAAGGAAGACUUAUCUGCACCAAAGUCCCGGUGUGACUGGUAUGGACGGUGUGGUGCCAACAGCAAAUGUAGCCCUGACAAUGUUAAUCAGUUUGAGUGUGAAUGCUUACCAGGGUAUGAGCCUAAGUCUAUUAGUGAUUGGAAUCAGAAAAAUGGGUCAGGUGGAUGUGUUAAUAAUAGGGUUGGUUUGUUCAAGUGUGGAGAUGGAGAUGGGUUUGUGAAGGUGGAAAGAGUUAAAUAUCCGGACACAUUAAUAGCAGCAUUGUCAAAAUCAGGCAUGAGUGCCAAAGAGUGUCGGCAUGAGUGCCUAAGAAAUUGUUCUUGCACUGCAUAUUUGAGCACUGAAAAUGAAGGGCUUGAUGGCUGCUUCACAUGGUAUGAUGACCUGAUGGACAUUUUAGGGUACACAGAGGUUGGACGAGAUCUCUACGUUCGUGUGAAUGCAACUGUGUUAGCUGCAUAUGUAGGAAAAUCACAAGGUUUCUUGGAAAGAAAGGGUAUGCUGGCUAUUCCAAUACUGUCUGCUGUGCUAGCGUUGGGAGAGGCGCUUGAUGAAACACAGAGACACCCCGAAUUACAAUUUUUUGAUCUUGACACAAUAAUAGCAGCCACAGACCACUUUUCUCGUAUCAAUGAACUUGGCCAUGGUGGUUUUGGCUCUGUUUAUAAGGGUAAGCUACCAAAUGAACAAAAUGUUGCUGUCAAAAGGUUGUCCAAAACUUCAGGACAAGGGAUUGAAGAAUUCAAAAAUGAAGUUGCACUUAUAGCAAGACUUCAACACAGGAACCUCGUGAAACUUUUAGGCUGCUAUCACACAAGACGUUGGGUCUUGGACUGGGAAAGGCGCUUUGAGAUCAUCAAUGGGAUUGCUCGUGGAAUUCUGUAUCUUCACCAAGAUUCAAGAUUGAGAAUCAUCCAUAGAGAUCUGAAACCUAGCAAUGUUCUACUAGAUGCAGAGAUGAACCCAAAAAUUUCUGAUUUUGGCAUGGCUAGAAUAUUCCAUGGGAACCAACUUCAAGACAAAACGAGCCGAAUUGUUGGAACAUAUGGCUACAUGUCACCAGAAUACGCAGUAUUUGGGAGAUUUUCCAUGAAAUCUGACGUCUUUAGUUUUGGGAUCAUAAUGUUGGAGAUUGUAAGUGGCCAGAAAAUCAAUGGUUCUGGUCUAGAGGAUCCUUCCAUGAAUUUGAUAGGACAUGUUUGGGAGCUCUGGAAUGAAGGUAGAGCCUUAGAUAUUGUGGAUUCGACAUUGAAGUCAUAUCAGUCUGAUGAAGUCAUUAGAUGCAUACAAGUUGCUCUCUUGUGUGUACAAGAAGAUUCAAAGGACCGACCUCCCAUGUCAGCUGUUGUUUUCAUGUUGAGUGGUGAAGCAUCUCGUCCAUCUCCUAAGCAGCCGGCAUUUGUCUACAGAAAAUACUCCGAUGCUGAUGAUGAUCCAUUACUUUCAAACGACUUGACAGUAACUAUAAUGGAAGCUCGAUAA